GUAAUAUAAUUUGUUACUGUUCUUAAGUUUUGUCGUCACCUGAUAGUGCAGUUGAGAAAUAUUGAAGUUUAAGUAGUUUCUUUAAAAAAGAAUUGCUAAUGCCGUUUCUAAGCAAUACAACUCCAUUUGACCAAGAUGUUGAAAAGGUUACUAGUGAGAUGAACACUGCUGAAGACUGGGGGCUGAUCAUGGACAUCUGUGAUAAAGUUGGAGCAUCAGCAAGUGGACCAAAGGACUGUCUCCGGUCAAUUGUUAAAAGACUUAACAGUCCAAUUCCACAUGUUGCUAUGCAGGCUCUUACGCUUCUUGAUGCCUGUGUGAGCAACUGUGGGAAAAAGUUCCAUCUUGAAGUGUGCUCCAGAGAUUUUGAGGCAGAAAUCAGGAAGUUACUUGGAAAAGCUCACCCUAAAGUUGUAGAAAAACUGAAGCAGUUGAUCAAGAAAUGGGCAGAAGAAGACUUCAAAAGUGAUCCCCAGUUGAGCUUGAUUCCUUCUCUGUACAGCAAACUACAAAGUGAAGGAAUGGAAUUUACGGCUUCAACAGACACACCUAAGAAGACUACUCCAUCAUACUCCAAAGAUCCGAAUGUGGUGAGCAGUCAGCAAGAAGAGGAUGAUAUUGCCAAAGCCAUUGAGUUAUCUUUAAAAGAGUCUUCUCCUAAGACUUCAAGUUUGUAUCCUACUGCUGUUGCUCCAUCUCCUACUCCAGAUUCUUGGCCCUCUCCUCUGAAGGAGCCUCGAAAGGUUCGUGCAUUGUAUGAUUUCGAAGCAGCUGAGGAUAAUGAGCUGACCUUCAAGGCAGGAGAAAUUAUAUUAGUUUUGGAUGAUAGUGAUGUUAACUGGUGGAAAGGUUCAACCCACAUGGGAGAAGGUCUUUUUCCAGCUAAUUUUGUCACAGCAGAUUUAACGGCAGAGCCAGAGCCUCUUUAUAAGAUUCCAGAAAAGAAGUCUGUACAGUUUAGUGAAGAAGUAAAAGUUAAGACUGUUGAAACUGAAACCCAAGAAAUAGAAAUUGAUGAGGAAAAAAUCGACAGACUGUUACACUUGUUACAUGAAGCAGAUCCCACUGGAGAAAGAGUGGACUCAGAUGAACUUCUGUCUUUAGAAGGUAUGGAAAAAAAAAUAAAACACCCCACUUAUAUCAAA